AUGUCCUUAGAUGGAACCCUAGAUGCCAACUAUGAUCUCAACCGCAGAGUCCGAGUCCUGUCUCCCUCGGGCCGCGCUUUCUCUAGCGUCGUUUGCCCGUUCGAUGAUCAUGUCCACUAUAUGCCCCAAGUCGAACUCUCCGAGCUCAGUCCUCAGCAGCUCAGUGAGAGCGACAUUGUCUUUUCGAAGGAAUUCGCCCAGCUUAGCGUCAUUUGCCGAGUCCUUUCCAUGGCCCUGGACCCCGAUGUCCCUCUCCUCGAUCGUUUCAAGUUUGUUUGCCUCGUCUCGUUUUACCUCGACGAGCACUUUGCUAUGCGCUUGGGGCACAUCCCAAAACUAGACCCGCGUGAUCUUGAAUCUGCCACCAUUAAUCUCCGCCGCCAGGUCCGCCCGCCCACAAAGUACGAGGAGGAGCUUGCUGUCGCGAUCCGCACCGUCGUUGAAAUGCAAAACCGUUGCUUUACUUCCCAGCUUUUGCCGAGGCUUCGAACGCAAGGCGUCGAGAUCGUCAGAGGGGAAGAGUUGACAUCUUUGGAGGCCGCUGAUAUGACCGCUUAUUUUAAGGAGCACCUGCGUCCAGCGCUUACCCCUAUUUUGCUUGACCCUACUCAUCCCUUUCCUCUCAUCCAGAGCCAUGAGAUAUAUCUGUACGUCAUCUUGCACAACGCCAAGUGUCGCGCCAAGCGCAGGGUCAUGUUUCGUAUUCCGGCGAGCAAACGUCUCAUCCCUCUGGACGAUACGAGUCUCCGUUUCGUCGCGUCGGAGGACGUCUGCGUCGCCAACUUGGGAAUCUUGUGUCAUUCGAUGACCGUCGUUAGCUCCCACGUCUUUAGAGUUACUAGGAAUACGAAGAUCUCAAUUGAUGAUGCCGCGUUUGGAGAUAGCGAUAACCUGCUUGACUUUGUCAUUGAGGAGGUGCACCGCAGGCGCCAAGCCCCUGCCACUCGACUGGAGGUGUUGAAGGUGGCGCCUGCGAAGAUGAUUACCCACUUGAAGAAUGAACUUCACCUGGAUGAUUCGGACGUGUACGUUGUCGACUCGUCAAUACUAGACCUUUCAAGCUGCAUAUCGCUCGCGUUCGUCCCUCUGCCAUGGUUCAGACAGACGAUGAGGGAUCCUGUUGUACCUGCACCGUUCAGGGGGUUGACUGAGAGAUUGCGAACCCACCCGGGCGCCAUUUUCGAAGUCCUUCGCGAAAGGGAUGUGCUUGUCGAAUACCCUCGCGACAGCUUUGAAAACUCAGCAAUUCUGUAUUUACAUGCCGCAGCUCGGGACCCCAUGGUCCGCACUAUCAAGACCGUUAUCUACCGUGGCGGCAACGACUCUCCAAUUGUCGCAGCACUUAUUCGGGCGGCGAAGAAUGGAAAAGAAGUCAGCGUCAUUAUCGAACUGAAAGCGUCCCUGGAUGAAGUUCAGAAUACGGAAUAUGCGCGCUCAUUGCAAUUGGCUGGUUGUAACGUCACAUACGGAGUCUUAGGCUUGAAGGUCCACAGUAAGAUCAUGCUUGUUGUCCGCCAGGAGUACGACGGGACAUUGAUGUCGUACGUAAACGUCUCGACAGGAAACUUCAACCCCAAAACUGCCAAGCUCUACACGGAUUGCUCAUUGUUUACCUGUCGGAAGGAUAUUUGUACGGAUGUCCUCGAUGUAUUUAACAGCUUAACUGGAUACUCAUGGAAGCCCGAGUUCAGGACUCUACUUGUUGCCCCUAUUAAUAUGCAGCGCCGCUUCAUCGAGCUGAUUAAAGAUGAAGCUGAGAAUGCCAGAGCAGGAAAACCUGCCAGAAUUGCUUGUCAAGUGAACGGCUUGACAGAUAAGCUAAUUACCAAAGAGCUGUACGAAGCAUCAAUAGCUGGGGUGAGAAUCGAUUUGAUUGUCCGAGGACCGUGCCGUCUUCGACCAGGGAUCAAGGGUCUGAGUGAUAAUAUUCGGGUUUACUCAUGGAUUGGACAAGUAUUGCAGCACAGGCGCAUAUUCUACUUUCACGCCGGGGGCGAAGGCAAAUUCUACAUCGGCUCAGCAGAUUGGCGGACCCGUAAUUUGACUGCUCGAGUCGAGGUAGUCGUGCCGAUAGAUGAUCGCAAGAUCCGUAAGCGACUGGCGAAGGCGUUCAACUUGAUUAACGAUGAACAAUGGAUAUGGAGGAUGGCACCGGAUGGUCGAUAUUACAAGGGAAUGCCCGCAAGGACGUCGUCUCCUCCAGUAUCCGUCUCAAUCACUCCAUCCCGCUCCUCUGUCAUAGACAACAAGCCCGUGGCAGAAUUCAAUAAUCAAGAAGAUGAAGCACAACCGUUCACGACUUACACAGCCCCGUCGAGGUCAUCGCCUCAUCAGGCACUAUUGGAUCACAUGUUUAAAGAUAAAGAACCAAACCAACAGCUCACUAGGACCAGGUCAAAGAAAAUUCUUCCAAUGGCUAUAUCAGACAGUGCAACAGACGACGACGCAGGAAUGGUUAAGAGAAGCAAGCCGAGGUUCCAAGUUGACAUCAAGGGCAACAAGAAGGUUGUAGAUAAGAUAGCAGUCGGCGCGGUGCCGAUUCGAUUCGCUGGUGGAAUACAAAGCAUGAGGGCAUUGGAGGUGUUGAUGGUGGCUCGGCGCGUCGACGACCCGUGGGCUGUGCCGAAGGGCGGUAUGAAUGAAGGCGAAACAGUGCAGCAAGCUACGAUUCGUGUCGCACGUGAAAAGGCUGGCGUAUCAAGUUGUGAGGAAGUGGCAAAUCUGGGAUGGAUCGUUGUCUCUAAGAAGGUGAAGCAGGUUGCUGUGCAGACUUUUGUACUUUUGGCAAAGGAGCUGGGAACAUUUGCAAGCUCAUCAAAGGAGCGUAGAAGGACAUGGGUGCCAAUUGAGGACGCAGUGCAACUCCUCAAGAAGAAACCACAUGAGUUCUCCGAAUGCGCGAUCGAACGGGCUAUCGCUUAUUACCGACAUUCGUUUUCUACAUCUGAAACUGCUAUGACAUCGACCCCUCUGACGAGAAGCGUUGGAGGUUCGUUGCCAACAUCGCCUAAGCACGGGUCCCCAUCUGUUCAUGAAUCUGUCGGAGAAGCACACAUGGAGCCAAGGCUGACGCUUUCUUCAUCGAGAAUGAACGGAACUGAUGACGGAACGAACGGCAGGAUGCAAGACAGCACGAAGAAGGCUGAAUUUGGCACAGGCCAAUAGAGUCAUUAUUGUGGUAUAUCACGUGGUCUGAAUUGGCCGUGAGUCUGGGAUGGUGCAGGGAUUGAAACCCUGUUCGCGACGGGGGUUUGAAGAACUUUUUUUUUUUGUUUCUCUCUCGUGCCAACAGUACGUACAUACAAUACAGAAAUGACAUUUAUACCCCUCUGGCAGUGCAUCGUCAAUCAGGAUGAAGCCAAAGAAGAUGGGCGGCCUCUUGCAGUGCAAAGCGCCAAAGUCACCAGAAGACUGUUGUUGUAUCGUACACAGUACCCUGCUGAUAUCAGUGCCGCAGUGGGGGCUAGGUUGGUGAGCAAGAUCCUCUACGUGGUCACACAGGUACAGUAUUAACGGGAACAGGUGCUGGGGAAAAGUCCCCACAAAGUUGAAAAUGUUGAAUCACCUCAGUCCAAAAUAGAGAGGAAGGGCGAGAGAACAAGACCCCCUGAACUAGCCAGCAAGGACGAGGCUGCUGUGGGUGGUAGGUAAAUGACCUCAGCAAGGGCGAGGCUUCUGUGGCUGGUAAUAGACUCAAGGCCUCGGUCUUCGAUUCUUAAAAAAAGAUUUUCGCUGCGUGACAGCUCUGAGAUCGCAAACACAGCAGUCGAAUCUUUCUUGAUGAAGAUACGAGGGAUGCAUCUUCAAAUUCUGCAGUGGUGACCUCAAGUAGACGAAAAGGCAUCACACAGGACAUAUCCCAUGGCUUGUCUCCACCGUAUACCUGUGAACUGUCACUUUGUGGAGCACUACCCUAUGCGCUGCUUGCCAUUCGGCAACGCGAUACGUGGAAAUACUCGUAAUUGUUGUUGAGUCUUGGGCAUCUCCACCAAUCCUAAGCCACCAAUCCCAAGAGAUUCCUUCACUCCUGAGCAGCAUACUGUACCCUUGCAAGGGUACUGUACGGCUGUGAUAAUCACAUACAAUGAAAACCUUGCAAUGUGCACCCCAAGUCCAAGGAUAGUUCUGAGGACCCCCCCGGAACAAGCUCAAAUGACGUCUACUUUCGGAAAUAUCACCCCUACUGAUCGUGAAAUCUCCCUUUAUUUUUUACUCAAGAUGAAAAUCCUGGAAACCAUCACCGAAAUUUACCCUUGCAAUUUCAGAAAUGAACUGUACAGUAUCCCUUAAAAUAAUGGUUUCACGAUAUUCACUCAUCGCUACGCAGCACCACUUAACCCUGUGCUCCGGUUUGUGACGAUUUAGGGCGUCACAAGAAGUGAGACGAUUUGUGUGACGAUUCGUGAGAGUUUUGCUCUUUUCGCCGCCGUCAUCUCAUUCGUCUCACUCCAUCUUCUUAUUCGUCACACUUGGUUUGUGAAUAUUUGUUGAAUUGUAGCACUUUUUGAGAACGUUUUGUGAUCAUCACAAAAAUCGUCUCAAACAUCACACAUUUUCGUGAAUCUUUUGUGAUGGUUUUGUGAGACGCAUCUCAAGACUCUCAAACGUCAACCUUGAAAUCAAAACUCUCACACUGACAGUGUGCAUUUUGUGAUGGCUUUGUGUGAGUUGUGUGAGGGCAUCACGAAGAUCACAUAUAAAAGGCUCUCCAUCUCAAAAGGCAUACAAACUGAACAACGUCACACAAAAAAGAUCUCCCUUUCCAGCCCUCUACGGCUAAUUUCCAGAGACACUUCCCCUUCCCUUCGUGUUCGCAACUGCGUAGGUUGAACCGGAAUUUACUGCACGAGAAGGUCAGUGGGACCCAAACCUACUGCGUACUCUGUAGUUGGGUCAAAAGAGGGACAAAAGACGGGCGACCCAAGACACUUAGAAAGGGCUCGCGCCAGGUGCAGUGGUGUUCUACAUGUAGGCAAGCUAUCUGCUGCAGCUGCCGGACGGUCUGGCAUUCUCGCCCUACACUGAAGCGACAUGGGCCCUCUCCUGUCCAUGAGAGGGAGUUUGACUCUGAGCGACGCACUCCUCGACGAAUAAGGCAGGCUUCACAAGCCCGAGAGUGAAGGCCGUAAAAUGUCUGUAGAACAAGGCUAUCAGCUAUGCUUUUUAGAUGGGUUUGUGAUGGUUUGUUGAUGUUGGAGAUGAUUGUGAGACAAUGGUGUGAGAGUCACAAAACAAUUUGUGUGUGAAUCACAAAACAGUCAACAAAAGAGCACUUCGAGAUGUUGACGUCACAAAAAUAAAGUGAGAUUCACAAAAACAAAGCGAGAUUCACAAAACUUGUGAGAAUUUUGAGACGUUUGUGUGCAUUUUGUGAAGUUUAUGCCCCGAUCACAAAAUAGGACCACCCCACACUUUUCGGGAGGACACUACUCGAAAAGUACGGGUCUCCUGGAGACAAAACGUCUAUCUUCUUAACGACAACACAAUUCUGCGUUCAACGAACCUACUCUCGGGACGUAGCGCUCAACAAGACCGAAGCAGGAGGAAAACAACCCGACUGGGGCAAAAAAUAGCCGUCACAAAAAAGGAGCACAGGGUUAAGAAACGAUAAAUACUUAACAGGCGAGACAUCUACCGUUGUUCGACAUGUGCCUGAGGCAUACGUUGCCUCCAGGGAUAUACUCAUAUCUGAGUACUGCGACUCUUUGCCAAAUAUCUCUGCACGGUAUUGGCGAAUCACAAACUGGUCGGGAGGAAACGCAUCAUCCUGUCGACUGCUCUACAGCCGCCCCCAGCGAACUAGCCGUGAAGGCGUUGUCCCAGUUUCCAUAAGCAUAUCUUGGUUUUGAUUUUCUUCAUUACCUUGCACUAUUCGGUUCUCGCAAGCAAUACAAAUGGUCCCCUGGCCAAACCCAAUCGCAGAGUUUCACUUGUUUCUUGUGUGAAAUGUUGUUGUAACCUCGUUUUGGUACCUGCCCUUUGAUGUUUGAAUAAACUCCGAAUCACUG